AUGAGUGUUCCCAGUCAAUACAAGGACUUGUUGAGAAACGCGUUACAGCAGGAGCGGACUAUCAAAUGGACCAAUGGCUCUACCCAAGCGCCAUUGAAGAGCCCCAAACGACGUCGAAUUCUCAGUCCCGUUGAGAGAAUGCGUGAGUUGAAGAAAAAGAAAGAAACUGAUGGUGAGCCAAAAGACGAAAGAUAUGUCAUCCAUAUUAACGAUGAGGACAAUGAUGAUAUCAGUAUGAAACGGAGCUUCGAAGGCCAGAAAAGUGAACGACCAGAUCCACUCAGUGGAAAACAUGAUGAGGACAAUAAAGAAGGAUUUUCAGACACCGGUGAUUUGGAUAAAUCUGAAGAAGAUGAAGAAAUCGAUUCUGACGAAUUUGAGGAUGUUGAUCUUGAUGGAACAUCUUUUAUGGAUGAUGCAGAUGGAGAUGAGAGUGAAAAUGAAGAAAUUAAUAUUACCAUCCAAAAGAAUGCACAUAAUAAAAGAGCAACUAAGGGAAGUGUUAUAUCAAGUGAAGAGCGUAUUUUCAGAAGAAAAUUGCAUCUGAUGCAUCUGUUUGUAAUGGUUGGACAUGGUGUUACUAGAAAUGCAUGGUUGUCAGAUCCCAAGUUUCUGCUAAAUCUACAGAAACAGAUACCACUCAAACUAAAAAAAGAAUUGCAAGAAUAUCAGCAACAUCGUCAGAAGUCUAAUGUCACAGCCCAAUCGAAAACUAGAAGAUUGUUGGAUCUUUUAAGGCAUUUGAUGGAAUAUUGGCAAAGAGUGUGGAAAAUUGAUUCAAGGGCCCCAGUGCUAUACAAAAAGUUGUGGCCAGAGAUUAAAAAUCAAAGAAUACUACCGAAUAUGAAAAAGCAAAGGUUAUCGAAAGAGAACUUCCAUGCUUCAAUUCUUUCUCACGUUGGUUCAAGGGAUAUUUCGGCACAAGGCUUUGUGGCACUUUUGAGAUCUCUAAAUCUUCAGGCUAGAUUGGUUUUUUCUAUACAACCGCCUGAUUUUACAAAUAUGAAAAAAUGUGAAGAUAAAUCAGAAGACAAAGACUCGAUGCCUAGAGAAGCAUCUAAAUGGAGUCCACGUAAAACCAGCAAACCUGCAAAUGUAAAAGAGAACCUCCUUUCGGCACUGAGAUCAAGAAAAGCAUAUACAAACACAGUGACUAAGACCCAAGCCCAACAUAGGGAAGAGUUUGCUGAAAAGUUUGGUGGGUGGCCAGUAUUUUGGGCUGAAGUUUGGGACAAAGAUUCGAAAAAAUACAUAACCAUUGAUCCCAUAGUUAAAAAACUAAUUGAAGUGGUAAGUUGGAAAUCUAAACUGGAGCCUCCUAUGAACAGCAUCCGAAAUAAUGCAUGGUAUGUGGUUGGUUAUGAUCGUGUGGGUGGCAUUCGGGAUGUUACAAGGCGUUAUGCCAAGGAGUACAACGCUAAAGUGCGUAAAAAGAGAAUCACCAGAGAUCCCAAAUGGGAACUGUGGUGGGCAUCGUUAUUAAGAGGAGCUUGUUCGAAGAAAAGACUGAACGAUAACCGGGUUGAUAAGUUUGAACAGAUUGAAUUUGAAGAGUUGAGCCUGAAGGAAGGUAUGCCGUCUAACGUAGGUGAUUUCAAAGGCCAUCCGGUAUAUGUUCUUGAAUCGGAUCUAAAAUAUAAUGAGAUCCUGUACCCGAAGAUCUCAUGUGGUGGAUUAUCGAAUAAGGGGAAAUCGAAGAAGGCCUCGAAUGGAUUCAUCCCUGUGUAUAAAAGGAAGAACGUUCACAUAGUAAGGAGUGCAAGGGGGUGGUUCAUGAAAGGUAGGGUGUUAAAAAUGGGGGAGAGACCAAUGAAGAUACGGAAAAAAGGUACCAAUACCAAUACAAGAAAGAAAGGACGAGAAGAUGAUUUCAGGCUUAGUGACAGCGAUAUUGGUAAUGGUGAUAACGAUGAUGACACGCGUUUAUAUGCAGAGUUUCAAACUGAGAAAUAUGUUCCUCCUCCAGUGAUUGACGGAAAAAUACCCAGAAAUGCAUACAAGAAUAUCGAUAUCUACGAACCAUGGAUGGUUCCUGAAGGAUGCGUUCAUAUAAGGAACCCUUAUGCAGAAAAGGCAGCAAGAUUAAUGGGUAUCGAGUAUGUGCCUGCUGUUGUUGGUUUCGACUUCAAAUCACAUCGGGAGGUCAACACCAAAAUUCAAGGUGUAGUAACUUUUGACGAAUUUAAAGAUGCUGUUGAGUUAGUGUGUGAAGGGUUAAAGGAGGUGGAAGAAGAAGAUAAUAAAAUUAGAGAAGAUAUAAUCAACUUGAGAGCAUGGAAGGUUUUACUUACAAGGCUAAAGAUUAACAGGAGACUUAUUGCAGAGCAUGGCGAGGUUGAAGAUGAUGAUGAAGAUGCGUAUAAGGUAAAUGAUAAUGACAGCGGCGAGGAUGUUUCCAAUGAUGAUUCCAAUGGUAUUGGUGGUGGCGGUUUUCUCUACAAUAGUUCGAUUACUUUACCUGCAUCAUCGCGGACUAGAAGCCGUUAUCAACAUGAAGACAUGCCAAUAUAUGAGAGAUCUGAUUUGAGUGCUAGCGACUUUGAGGAUGAAGUUGCGGAUGAAAACAAUAUACAAUAUAAGAACAUUCCAUUGGCUUUGCAAAGGAAAGGGAAAUUGAGGAAAGCGGCUGCCAAGCCCAAGUCAGGGGAAACACCAUCUUCACCUGUCGAUGCACCUGUUGGUACCUUAAGUGUAGCAGAAGGGGGGAUGCUGAAUGAGAAAGAUGAUUUGGUUUAUAAUCCUGAAGGUUCAGAUGGUUAUAAUGGUGGCGAAGACAGUGACAGUAGUGAGGAGGAGGUAGAUGAAGAUGAUGAGCGUAUGAAAGAAUUGGAUAAGGAUAUGGACUUUGGAGACUUAGAUGAUGUCCAUGUCGAAAAUGAUAGUGCUGAAGCAAACUCUAGUGGCGAUAACCGAACAGCACCAACUCCUAAUGAUGACUACGAAUUUGAGUUCAGUGAAUAG